GAACAACAAUCAAUCAAGAGAAUGAAGAAGCUUUCAUGUCUUCAUCAAAUACUAUUAACGGAAAAUUAAAUUUAGAACCAAAAGUAUUAAUAAACAGGAUACAAAAAGAAAAUAGGAGUUGUUAUGCGUCCAAAAAAGAUUUAUUCAAGAAAAAAAAGACUCUGAUAAAGAAAAUGAGAAAUCUAUGGAAAAAUUCAUACUUUCAUCACCAUUACCGCUUCGAUGCUCGACACAAGUAGACCAUAUGUCAAAACGCACGUAUGCACAGUGGUCGCGUACAUCUAUUCGUUCACCGCAUACAAAUGCACGUUUAAAUUCCUUAUCACGAUCGCAACCGUCUCGACGUAAAUCACGGUCACCUUUUUCGCGGCAAGAAUCACGGACAUCAAAGUCUCAGCCUGAGCGACAUUUGACAACUACUCGUUACCGUUCACGUUCGAAUACACCUCGGCAUCGUACAUCAGAACCGUUAAUGUCCAAGCGUGAAUUACAAGUAAAAUCUACACAAAGCAAGCCACCGUCACCUCCGUCGCAUACACUUCAGCAUCUCUCACAAGCGAAAUCUCAGGAUAAGUCACCAUGUUCUCAGCGUCAGUAUGACAAACCGAAACCUCCGCUGCAACAUAAGUCAGUGUUGGCUAAAUCUCAAACUGCACCGCAGAUAUCCCCACAUCACUCACGAUCUUAUACAUCUCGGCGUCACUCCCGAUCGCAGUCAUCUCGGCAUCACUCCCGAUCGCAGUCAUCUCGGCGUCACUCACGGUCGCAAACCCCUCGUCCUCACUCACGAUCGCAGACACUUCGGCGUCACUCGCGCUCGAAAACAUCUCGGCGUCACUCACGAUCCCAGUCUUUUCGGCAUCACUCACGAUCCCAGUCUUUUCGGCGUCACUCACGAUCCCAGUCUUUUCGGUGUCACUCGCGCUCGAAAACAUCUCUGUGUCACUCCCGAUCGCAGUCAUCUCGGCGUCACUCGCGCUCGAAAACAUCUUGGCAUCACUCACGAUCCCAGUCAUUUCGGGGUCACUCGCGCUCGAUAAUAUCUCGGCGUCAUUCGCGCUCGCAGACAUCUCGGCCUCACUCACGAUCGCAGUCACCUUAUCUCUCUCUUCAGCAGCUAACACAAUCGCAAUCUUCUCAUGAUAAAUUACCAUUACCUCAGCCUCAGCAUGAUGUAUCAUCACCUCAGCCGCAGCCUGAUUCAGGUUCACCUAAAUCUCAAACUUCACCACAGAAAUCCCCACAUCACUCACAAUCACAGUCAGCUUGUCUCUCACUUCAACAGCUAACACAAUUAUCUCAGCCUCAGCAUGAUGUAUCAUCACAUCAGCCGCAGCAUGAUUCAGGUUCACCCAAAUCUCAAACUGCACCACAGAAAUCCCCACAUCACUCACGAUCGCAUACACCUCGGCAUCACUCACGGUCGCGGACACCUCCGCAUCAGUCACAAUCGCAGACAUCUCGGCGUCACUCACGGUCGCAAAAACCUCGUCGUCACUCACGAUCGCAGACACCUCGACGUCACUCACGGUCGCAAACACCUCAUCGUCACUCACGAUCGCAGACACCUCGGCGUCAUUCACGGUCGCAAACCCCUCGUCGUCACUCACGAUCGCAGACACCUCGGCGUCUCUCACGGCCGCGGACACCUCGGUGUCACUCACGGUCGCAAACACCUCGGCGUCACUCACGGUCGCGUUCGCGUCCACACAGUUCUCAUCAUUCGACCCCACGUUCGCAUAUUAGAGAUCGUGCACGUCAUCAUUCACGUAGUGCUGGUCCACAUCACGAACAUCCUGAAUGUGCAGUGAAAUUUUUAAAAGAGUUUAAGCCAAAGUUAUAUCGUAUGUAUAAAAAGAAAGGUUUCGACUUAGAAUCAGUAAUUCCAGAAAGAUACCGAAAAUAUCAACGGUUAAGAGACGAUAAGAUAUAUUUAGGAUGUGGAUUAUCUGUCGGUAAAAAGAAAUGGAGAAUAGCACAAUAUAAGCGCCGAACAGGCUUUUUAUGUGAUCUUGGGUACAUAUUAUGGAAAUGACGAGAUUUGGCAAAUCGUUGUUUAAAUUUGUCUAAAGUUAAAACGCAAAUACCAAAUAGAAGUCCAGUAAAGCUGUGUACUCCAAGAAAACUUAAUUUGUAUUUAAGUAAGUAUUACAUAUGUACAGAAUUGUCUGACAAAAUAUUUUUUACUUAGAAUAUGUGAAAAAAUAUUUAAUAUUUUAUGUAUGAUAUCUACAAAAACACCGGAGCUGAAUCAACAAAUGCAAGACAGAAAUCACAAUCCAUGACGUCACUAUCACCACGCAGCAGUAUUCUUUCAAUCCCAAGGAAAACCGACGCAGCUAAAAAACUGUAAUACGAUCAUGGAGCAGAACAUCGAGUUAAUUGACAGUGUACAAAAAGAUAUAAUUCAAACAGAAAAUACUUUUCAUAGUGUUAUCACUCUCAAUAAUUACGUGAAAUAUAAAAAAGAAUAUAUUUUAUACUUAAAUAUUCGCAGCCUUAAUGGUAAUUUUUUACAACUCCAAGCACUUAUUGAGAGCUUAAAUACUAAGCCUAGUAUUAUAGUUUGCGUCGAAACUUGGAUCAUAGAUUAUUGAAACUAUUUUAAUCUGAACGGAUACAAAUUAUAUUACAAUAAUAGCAAAAUAAACAAAUCGGAUGGUGUAGUGAUGUAUAUUGAGAAUUCCAUUAUUGAAAGUACUGAAAUUAUUGAAAUAGGUAAACUUAAAAUAAUUAAUUCAAUCAUUGAAACUGAUAAUGGCAAUAUAGAGAUAUCAGCACUAUACAGAUCACAUGCCAUUCCAAAAAUUGAAUUUAUCACCAAUAUAAAACAAUUACUAUAUAACAAGAAAUAUGCUAACAAUCACUUAAUUAUAGGUGAUUUUAACAUUGACCUACUAAAUCUAGAUAAUAUUAGUCAGGAAUUUCUGAACAAUUUUUUAGAUAAUGGUUAUCUACCGGGAUUUCAAGGUAUUACUAGACCGUCCGAUAGGAAUAAUAACACUGGAACAUGCAUUGAUCAUAUAUUUACUAAAGCUAAGACAAUACACACUUUACAUUUUAAAUUAUUAAGUACAGUAACAGAUCAUUACCCAUUAUUUACAGCAUUAAGUACAUUAAAGAAAAAAAAAUAUAGAAGAAUCAAUAACCUAAAUAAAUUAUGAUAAAUUAAGUAGCAUAGCCAGUAGAGAAAAAUGGAGUACAGUAUUCUCAAUGCAUGAUCCUAAUGUAGCUGUGAAUACAUUGUUAGAAAAAAUAAAUAAUUGUGUACAACGGGCUACUUUCAUAAAGAAAUUAAACAAUAAACACAAUAACAAAGUACCCAGAAGUAAAUGGAUCACUAAGGCAAUACUAAAUUCUUGCGAAAGAAAAGAAAUACUAUACAAAUUAUGGAAAACUGAACCAAAUAAUGUGAAUCUAAAGAUAGAAUAUCGGAAUUAUAUUAAAAUUUUAAAUAGGGUAAUUAAAGAAGCAAAAAUAAUAUAUGAUAGAGAUCAGGUUGUAAAAAAUAGUGAUAAUCCCAGAAACAUGUGGAGAGUAUUCAAACAAAAACUAGGUAAAAAUGCGAAAAAAGAUAGAAAUAUAAACCAGAUUUAUGAUGAUAGGAAAAAUUUAAUAAAUAAUCAUACAGAUAUUGCUAACCAUUUCAACUCUUACUUUAGUAGCAUCGGCAAAACAUUGAGUGAUCAAAUAGUGCAACCAAUGAAUGUAAACGUCAAAUUACCAAAGAUAAAUAAUAAUUCUAUUUUUAUUACGCCUACUAAUUACUUUGAAAUUACUGGCAUAAUUCAAAAUAUGAAAUUAAAGAAUGGAGGAGUAGACAACAUAAACUCUAAAUCACUAAAAACUCUAACACAGUACAUAGUAGACCCACUGGUACAUAUUAUAAAUAUAUGCAUAGAAAAAUCUAUAUGGCCGACUGCGUUAAAAAAUGCUGAUAUAAUACCGAUACAUAAAACUGGAAACUAGAGGAAUAUAACUAAUUAUAGACCAAUAUCUUUAAUAUCACAUGUAGCAAAGAUCUUCGAAAAAAUCAUUUAUAAUAGAAUAUUGAGUUUUAUUAGUACAUUUAAUAUUUUAUCCAGUAAUCAAUAUGGUUUUGUUAAAAAUAGAGGUGCGAAAGAUGCUCUGGCAGAAAUAACCAAGAUUAUUUAUGAGAAAUUAGACAAUAGUACCCCGAUUGCAAUCACUUUUCUCGAUCUUGCGAAAGCUUUUGAUACGGUAGAUCAUAAGAUACUACUUGAUAAACUUUACAAUUAUGGAAUCAGAGGCACGGCACACAAACUUAUAACAAGUUAUCUGGAAGGUAGAAAUCAAAGAGUAAAAAUUAAUGACUGUAUAAGUGAAUCCAAAACAAUUACUACGGGUGUACCACAAGGUACUAUCUUAGGUCCACUGUUUUUUAUUAUAUAUGUUAAUGAUCUCUUGCAAAAUAUGCCUGCAAAUUCAAUAAUAUCAUAUGCGGAUGAUACAGCAAUUAUUUCGACGGAUAGUUCUUGGACAGGAGUAGAGGAAAAAAUGACUAACUACCUGUAUAAAGUAUCUAACUGGCUUGCACUAAAUAAGCUAUAACUAAACAUUGACAAAACAGUUUAUAUGACGAUCGGGAACUACUCUGAUAGCGUACCUAAAGAUUUUUUAAUACAAAUUGAUGGCAAAGACAUCAAAAGAGUUGAAAAUACCAAGUACUUAGGAAUUAUUUUUGAUUAUAAUAUGAAAUGGAUAAAUCAUAUACAGUAUUUAAUAAAUAAGUUGAAAUAUAUGGUAUUUAUUUUUAAAAAGAUUAAUAGAUUUAUGCAAAUUAAAUCUAUAAAAAUUAUAUAUUAUGCAUUUUUCAUAGUGUUAUAAAUUAUGGUAUAAUAGCUUGGGGUGGUGCUUACUCUACUGCUACCAAUCUAUUACAAAGGCUACAAAACAGAAUUUUGAAAAUCAUAAACAAAAAUAAUUUUGCUCAGGAUAAUCCAUUGAGUAUUGGGCAACUAUUUGCAUAUCAAUCACUAAUAUACCACUACAACACAUUAAAAGUUAAAUUUUUAAAUUCAGAAAGCAAAACUAGGAAUAAAAGCAUUCAGAUACCUAGGAGACUUAAGACUAUAAGUAAUAAGAAUAGUUAUAUUAAAGCCAUAGAAGUUUAUAAUGAUCUGCCAAAUAACCUAAAAACUUUAAGCUCUAAGAAUUAUACUUAUAAACUAAGAGAAUGGGUUAACUUUCACAUGUAAAAAAAAAUCUUUUUUAUAAAAUUAAUAAGAAAUAUUGAUAAUGUAUUUAUAAAUUGCUAUGUAUUCUGUAUACAAAUUUUAUUAAAACGUUAUUAAUCAAUCUUUCAUAUUGUAAAAUUGUUAAAGUGUAAGUUAAGUACUACAUAUCUUGAAAUAGAUUUUAUUUUAGUUAUAAGGAACUAUAGUUAGUAAGUAUACCGGCCUCGCGAACAGGUAACUGCGUUUACCUCUGCGGGAAUUUUACUAUUAUGUAAAUAAUAUGUAAUUUUUUGUCUGGUUAAUAAAAUAAAAUAAAAUAAAA